UCAAUGUAUACGAUUCUGAAUCGAGUUAUGCAUUAGUAUUAGAAUUUGCAGAUAACGGUACUCUAAGGAAUUAUUUACAGAAAAAUCCUGACCUCAGUUGGUCCAAAAAGUUUCGCCUCGCUCUACAGCUUGCUAAAGCUAUUAUGCACAUGCACUCUAAGAAUAUUGUCCAUAGAGAUCUUCACUCAAAUAAUAUACUAGUUCACAAAAAUAAUAUUAAGAUAGCUGACUUUGGGUUGUCUAGAUGUUUAACUGAUGCAUCAAAAACCAGUACAUGGCUUGCUGGUUAUUUGGCAUACAUUGAUCCUCAUAGCCUCAAGAAUUCUGAAAAGAAAUCACAGGAAAUAAAUAUGGAGUAUGAUAUAUAUAGCUUAGGUGUGCUUUUAUGGGAAAUAUCUAGUUUACGUCCUCCAUUUGAUGGAAAAGAUAGAAACGAUCUGUAUAUUCAGAUAUUAAAGGGUUGUAGAGAGACAACUAUUUUAGGAACCCCACCACAAUAUUCUGCUUUAUAUACUGAAUGCUGGCAGGAUGAUCCGAAAAAACGUCCUACCAUUGAUAAAGUUGUAUAUGAACUCGG